CACAGGCUGGCGUUUUGGCUCCUUCUUCUGGUGUCUGUCAUGGAGGUGUGUUCCGCUGUGCCUAUGAUCGGCAACAGGAAGGGGAAAGUUGCUCGUCCCAGCUCAGAGGAAGCGAGUUCACCUGAGAGCAGCACAGAGGAAGAAAGUUCACCUGAAAGCAGUUCCAGCUCAGAGGAAGCGAGUUCGCCGACAAAGUUCCUAUCACAGAGGAAAGGAUCAUUGCAGCACAUGAUCUCGAUCUCAACAAACUGAGGAGGCCUGUCCUCAAGAAAGCCUAAGAUGCCUCGUCUUCUCGCCGCGUGGCACCGACCCCAGUGCCAGAUCACCGCUAGAGAGUCUCGCACCUUUACAUACCCGAAGUUCUAUACAAAAUUCAAUCCCGACCUCAAUAAAUCAACGAAUGGACUAAUGAUCAUACAAAUAAACAAGAGCACGAGGACAUAUAAAGCCAGCUAGGAGCUGCACGAGCACACAGAUCAACAACUGAAAAAAUACAUAGCCAAUAGACUUUAUAAACGAAUGAAUAAAGGAAAGGAAAAGGCGGCAUUUAUGCAUCGGUGGAAGGUGCCCAAAUAUCAACAAAUCUUGACAACGACUCUUUUCUCCUCUGGAUUAACGACCUUAAGAAUCUUUCAUUACUUUGUGUACAUCAGCACUUUCUUGACUCGUUUUUGUCUUAUCUUAUUGUGCACAAAAUAUGUGAUUGUUAAUUAAUUAGAUGAACUGGAUCCACGUUUCUAUAAAUGUGAAAUAAAUUGGUGAAUAGC